AUGCCAACAGAGUUCAUCAGUCUCGCGUUUCCAAACGCUUCCACAGAGUUGCAGCCUAUCCCAGGAGCUGGCGUUGACCCCGACUUUCUGGCCAGAUAUGCCCGCAACCUGGACGAUUAUGACUUCAACUACACUCUGCAGCCAUAUGACUCUGGUGGAUUCGAUCCAUUCACAACGGGAGCUACCAUUGCGGCGCACACCAAGAAUCUGAAAAUCAUCAUCGCUCUGCGUCCAAACACCCUGUAUCCAACGGUAGCUGCCAAAGCUCUCGCAACUUUGGACCAACUCAGCAAGGGUCGAGCAGUAGUGCAUUUUAUCGCGGGAGGAAGUGAUGCCGAGCAAGCGAAAGAGGGAGACUUCCUUGGCAAAGCGGCUCGCUACGAACGCCUAGAGGAGUACAUUCGCAUCCUCCGCAGGGCAUGGGAGUCGCCCACACCUUUCGACUGGGAGGGCAAACACUACCAAUUCAAGCAGUUCAGCAACCGCGUCCGACCUGUUCAUGGCACAAUCCCCGUUUCGGUCGGCGGAUCCUCCGACGAAGCCUACCGCGUGGGAGGCUCAUUGGCAGACAUCUUCGGCUUGUGGGGUGAACCUCUGAAAGAGACCAAGCAGCAGAUAGACCGCAUCUUCGCCGAAGCAGAGAAAGCUGGACGCAAGGACAAGCCCAGAAUCUGGGUGACGUUCCGUCCAAUAACUGCUCCCACUGAAGAGCUCGCAUGGGACAAGGCUCACCGAACCCUGGAUCUUCUGAAGAACAAUACCGCUCAGGGAAUUGGUAAGUCUCUACCAAACGCCCCUCCGCCGCAGAACGCCGGCUCUCAGCGGCUGUUGGACAUCGCUUCCCGCGGGGAAGUGCAGGACCGAGCUCUUUGGUACCCGACUGUCACGGCGACGAAUGCCAGAGGCGCUUCGACCGCGCUCGUUGGGUCUUACCAGACUAUUGCCGAUUCGAUCUUGGACUAUGUGAACUUGGGUUGCGACCUGAUUUCGAUCCGUGGAUAUGACAACUUGAACGAUAUGAUUGACUACGGGAGAUAUGUGUUGCCCAAGGUAAGGGAAGUCUUGAGGGAGAAGGAGGUUGGUGGCCUUGACGAGAAAACGAAGGUCGAUGGGGAGGUUACUCAGGUCACGGAUGGUUAG